AUGACGAAACACAGCAAGAACAAUACGGCUUCAUCCAUCUUUUCGUACGCAGAGUACAAGAAGCUCGACUAUGGAACGAAGAGACAACGUCUAGGAAAUGAAUCUAUGCGCCGUUUUGACGCUUGUGCACUGUGUCUGCAGACAGCGAGAGAUCCUGUAGCAUGUGCGAAGGGGCACAUGUUCUGCAAGGAAUGCGUCUACACAGACCUGGUGACCCAGCUGGAAGAUAUAAAGCGGCAGAAAGUCAAACUCGAAGCUCUUAGGAAGGAAAUUGAAGAAGAGAGGCGAGGAGCUAGGGAAGCGGCCCGCGAACGAGUACUGCUUGACUUUGAAAGAGGUCAGCUAGGACUCGCGGCUAUAGGUACAGUCGCGACGACGUCAGGCGACUCGAAAGAACGUAAGCCUCGCGGUACUAAGCGCAAAUUUGAGUUCGAUGCCGAUACCGUCGAUAAGCACGCGCGCGAAGCGGAAGAUGCGGCCAUGAAGCAAAUUGAGAAGGAGCAAGCUGAAGCCUUGAAACACAAACUCCCAGACUUCUGGUUACCCUCAUUAACACCCACCUACACAUCGUCGGGUCCCCCGACGUCGCUGCAAGAUGUGAAAUUGCAAACAACGUGUCAUGGAGGCAAUCCGGCUCAUCAUCUGGCCCGCAAGCAACUGAUUCCUGUCAAAUUCAUCUUUGAAACCCCCUCGGGCCGGCCAUCUGCGUCAGUGGAGAGCACACCUGCCACCGAGAACGGAGAGAAUGGAUCGUCUUCAAAGAGAAAGGAUGAGCCACAAAAUCCGAUGUGCCCAUCGUGCAAGAAGACUUUCUCAAAUACGACACUCAUGUUUGUGAUGAAGCCAUGUGGCCACGUCGUUUGCAAGUCAUGUACUGACGAGUUGAUUAAGCCGGGCAAGCAGUGCAUCUCCUGCGAAGUCCAGUUGACCGACAAGGACAUCAUUGCGCUCUCGCGCGAGGGCACAGGCUACGCUGCUGGCGGUAUCGCCGAGACCUCGAAGAAGGGGGUCGCAUUUCAAGGUUGA